UCACUCGUCCCGUGACAUCGGUGCCAGUGACAAGUAUUAAAUAACAGUGCAAAAAUCCACCCCCAAGUUCACCCAUCAAUUGAUUAAAUGAUUAAACCCAAUUAACAGUGCAGUUGGAGAAAACCUCGAGUGUUAAAAUAGUGAAAAUGGUCCAGCAAUAUCAGUCCCCCGUGAGGGUCUACAAGCACCCCUUUCCCCUCGUCAUGCUGGCAUACGAAAAGCGCUUCCCGACUUGUCCCCAAAUCCCGGUGUUCGUCGGCUGCGAGGUGACCCUUGACGAGGAGUCCCAGAACGGAGCUAUCCGCACCACCGAGCGCCGUUGCAAGCUCAACGUCGAGGCCCCCUACAUUCUUAAAAAAAUCAUUGGUGUCGACUUCAUCUACUUUAUCCAGAAGAAUGUCCUGGACCGACGGAACUCCAUUCUCGAGAUAGAGGCCUGGAACGAGUCAUUCGCGGCACGUGUUGCCGUAGUAGAAAAAUGUCGUUACUUCGUUCACCCGGAGAAUCCAGAGUGGACGUGCUUCGAGCAAACGGCGAGCCUCGACAUAAAGAAUUUCUUCGGAUUUGAGAAUGCAAUGGAGAAGCUGGCGAUGAAGCAAUACGCGCAGAACAUCGCCAAGGGAAAGGAGAUAAUCGAGUUCUUCAUCAACGAAUUGAAGAAGGAAGGGGUGACCUCGGUGGAGGCGUGGGUGGAGCCAGAGAAACUCAUGGACUCGGGUGAGAAAGACCUGGAGGACGAGGAGAUCAUCAUCGAGGAGAAGAGUGAGACCGAGGGGAAGUUGCCGUCCAGCAAAACACAGUUGUCUUCGGAUUACAUCGAGCGGUACCUGGGGAAGUUGGACCUCAUGCAGGAGAGCAGACUCGUGCAGCUCAGGAACAGUAUCCAGGAGCUAAGGGGCGCCUCUGUACCCAGUGAUGCUACACUCCUGAGGUUCCUGAGGGCCAGGGAGUUCAUGGUGGAUAAGUCCAAGGAGAUGCUUACGCAGUCGCUUCACUGGAGGAAGAAGUAUCAGAUUGACAGGUUGUUGGAGGAGUAUGAGGCACCGAAGGUUGUGAAGAAUUAUUUUCCGGGGGGGUGGCAUCAUUGUGAUAAAGAUGGUCGCCCCCUCUACAUUCUCCGAUUAGGCCAAAUGGACGUCAAGGGAUUGCUCAAAUCGAUCGGAGAGGAUGAAUUAUUAUUACUCGCUUUACACAUAUGCGAGGAGGGGCUGUCGCUGAUGGAGGAGGCCACCACCGUCCUUGGGCAUCCGGUGUCCCAGUGGUGUCUCCUCAUCGAUCUCGAGGGGCUCAAUAUGAGGCAUUUGUGGAGGCCUGGCAUCAAAGCACUUCUGAGGAUUAUUGAGAUCGUUGAAGCUAAUUAUCCUGAGACCAUGGGACGUGUAUUGAUAAUUAGAGCUCCACGAUGCUUUCCUAUACUGUGGACACUCAUCAGUACAUUUAUACAUGAAAAUACGAGAAAUAAAUUUAUUUUCUACUGUGGAACUGACUAUCAAGAGCAAAAUGAAGGAGGAUUGACUGAUUAUAUAGAUGCAGAGUACAUUCCUGACUUCCUCGGGGGCCCAUCAGAGGAGGGUAUUUCUGUUGAACAACUGACAAUACCACCGAGGUAUUACAUUAACGAGACACCCUGCAGCAGUACGUAUGUGAACGAGGGUGGCGUGGUGCCGAAGAACCUCUAUCGCCUAGAGUUGGAGCCCUCAAACGAUCACGAGCACAGCCUCUAUCACUCGAUAAGCCUCUCCCACGGUCAGGUCCACCACGUGGCGAUAAACACAAACGAUCCAGGAGCUGUUCUCACCUGGGACUUUGACGUGAUGCGUCACAACGUCAUCUUCACACUUCUUCACGAGAAGCCAGACGUGGAUCUGUCACCAAAUGGUGCAGCCCCAGGUGAUCAAGCUGAUCAACUCGAUGGGGCUCUCAUGAAGGAGUGGAGGGAGGGAGUGGACUGCGUCAAGGUCGAGUCGAGUGUUGUCUGUCACGAUGGAGAGAGCAUCCAGGGGACCCACAUAAUCCAGGAGCCAGGGACCUACAUUCUCCAGUGGAAGAAUCCUGAUGAAGGGGAAUUUCUUCCCUCUAUCAGCGCUCACAAGGCCCAGUUGAUGUACUUUUACGAGGUUCUGCCCUCGGCUCAUUACAGGGGGUCCAUGAUGAGUCUUCAGUCUGGUGUCAGUGGGAGGUCCGUCGCUAGCUCAUCAUUGUCUAGAUGAGAGGGAGGAAUUCAUGAGGAGGCGGAGGGAGGGAUGACUGAGGGAGAAUGAUUUUUUUGGAGAAGAGAUUUGAUGGAUGAGGAGGUAUCUGGGUAAAUAGGGGGUUAUCUUGAUAAUGAGGGGGUUUAGGGGGAAAUGUCAAGAGCGAUCUUUUGUGGAGAAUUCAAUUUUCUAUAAAAAAGGUUUUAUGACAGUUUUUCCUAAAUCUAAUUGUUUUCGAGAUAAUUAGGUAUUUUGUUGAUGAGGAAAAUUGAUAAAUCGUGGGAAGUUACAUUCGACAUUUUUAGGAAUUGUUUAGUUAUCUCGAAAAUUAGAGGGCUUGGGGGAAAAUGUCAGAAGACGUUUGUUGUAGAGAAUUAAAUUUCCAACAAAAAAUGUUUAGUGACUUUUUCCUCUAAACUUACUCCUUCCUGAGAUAAUCCCCAAUUUUCCGACACUGGGGAAAAAUAUCCAACAUUUACAUUUUCAGUUUCAUCUAAUGAGGACGAAAAUUUUAAUUGACUCGGGAGUUACCCUGGUCCAUUCCCCCCCUGAAUCGAAACGUAUCUCACCAGAUAUCACGAAAGCUCGAACAAUUGAAACUAAAAGUGUUACGAUUAUCACCAGAAUGAUAAACUAUUUUUCAUACGAAAUAUAAAGCUCCACGUGACAAUUCGAGAAGAAAUAAUGCUCCAUAAGUUAACGAAUAAUGUACAGGAUAUAUUUUGUGAUCGCGAUAUUAAAAAGUUACGAUAGACUCUUCCACUUGCGUAAGAAGGAAAUUGUACAUAACGAGGGGAAUUAAAAGAAAAACUAAUGCGUAAAAAAUAAAACAAUGAAGACAACGGAAACAUGACAACUUAGGCAACGACAAUAUUACCUAGUGAAUGGAGAUAAUGAAUAUUCUUCAGACAUUCGAAAUUAGGUCGUAAUUUUGCAAGGAUUAUUUUUACUAUUAAUUCAUUAAUAUAUUAAACUCAAUCAAUUAAUCAGCUGUAAAAUUACGAAUAUGUUUAAUUGUGUUUGUCCUCAGUCAAUACUAGAGUAAUAAACCAAAUGUGAGGAUAUUUUUGAGGCAAAUUAACUCCAGUUAGGGACUAUUAUAGUGUAGAAAAUGAUGUUUUAGGGCACACCGAGUGUUUAAGACUGUAGAAUUCGUGAUAAAAUUGUAGAUCCAAUUGCAACUACUGCGUAAAGUAUUAUUAUUCAUGAAAAAUGUUAAAUUAGUAAUUUUAUCCACUCGUUGGGAGGCUUUUUAAUAGAUCAAUUUCAGAAUUAUGGUGUCGAAUCCAGUGUCAAGACAUUUUACUUUAUUUUUAAAAAUUUUGACAUUAACCAGUGGAUGAAAAUCAACUCGAUCAUUUCUUAUUUUUGUUCGAGGGUAUUAACCAACACUAAUUAUCCAGGCCAACUGAAUCACUGUAUUUAACCUCGACGAUAUUUUUUAGAGAUUUCUAUAUUACAUGUUAAACGAUAAAAGAGAAUUUUAACGAAUGAUACAUAUGUGCAAGCAGCAUUCAGACGUCGGGACAUUCCAAUCAAUGGUUUUGUCUGGAGUAUUUUAAUCAUGAAAGUAGAGAUAAUAAAGUAUAGAUGAUGUUAAAAACUUU